GUGUCUUGCGUCAAACAAGGAAGCUUGGCUGUCUGGAUGUAGACCUAUAAUUGGGCUGGAUGGAAGCUUCUUGAAGGGUUUAUAUGGAGGACAAUUAUUAUCAGCAAUUGGUAGGGAUGGAAAUGAUAACAUGUACCCUAUUGCAAUUGCAUUUGUUGAAGUGGAGAAGUUUGACAGUUGGGAUUGGUUUUUUAAUUUAUUGUUAAGAGAUAUAGGUUCUGCGGAGCAACAUGAGUGCACAUUUGUUCCUGAUAGGCAAAAAGGGCCCAUUGAAGCAAUAAAAGAAAAUGCCCCACAUUCUGAACACAGGUAUUGUGUGAAGCACAUGUACAAUAAUUUCAAAGCUAAGUUUGGUAGCCUGGAGCUUAAAAAACUAUUCUGGAAAGCAGCUUCAACAUUUAACGUGAAGACACAUCAAAGAGUGAUGAAAGAAAUAGAGCGGUUAUCUCCUAAGAAAGGUGAUGAAGAUACAACUUUUGAGUGGCUAAGUAAAGUUCCAACCCAACACUGAGCUAGGUGUUUCUUUAAAACCAAUGCAAAAUGUGAUGUGAUAGUGAACAAUAUUUCGGAAUCGUUCAACAAUUACGUAUUACCAGCUAGAGAUCUUCCCAUAAUUGAUAUGUUUGAGUGGAGUAGAAGGAAAGUCAUGACUAGAAUUCAAGUUAAGAGGUGUGGGAUGGAAAGAUAUGCUGAAAACGUGUGCCCUAACAUUAUAAAGAAGAUAGAUAUUCAAAGACAACGAAGUAGGAAUUGUUAUCCUUCUUGGGCAGGGAAUGACUAUAUACAUGCCUACUUCAAAAAGGAUAUGUAUUUGAGAGUUUAUGAGAACAUGAUUCAUCCAGUUCCGGGUAUGCACGAGUUUGAAGAUAGUGGAAAGGGUGAGAUUGCAGCACCUGAUGUAAAAUUGAGAAGAGGUAGGCCAAAGAAGAAAAGAAGAGCCGAUGGAAAUGACAUUAACCCGUCAAAAGCUUCAAGAAGGGGACUAACACAUACAUGCAAGAUGUGCGGAACUCUUGGGCAUAAUAAACGAACUUGCCCCAAAAAAUCAGCACCAAACCCCACUGGAGAAGCUCCAAAUGAAGCUAGAGGGCUAGAUCAACAACGACCUAUUACAGUAAAUUCUACACUUGAACAGGUGGAUCAUGACAUGUUUUUUGCGAUGGUGUCAAAUUUUGACACUCACACCUUUCAAAGUCCUUCUGGUGAUAAAGGAUAUGCUAGGAUCUGAAGUUGUGAAUCCAACUCAAGAAGUUUGUGUUCUUAACAAAAACUUAGCGAAAGAAAAAGCUCCAAAUACCCAAAAAUAGGUUGAACAUAUGGGUUGGAUAACAAUUGAUAAGUUUUGCAGUCAUUAAGUAUGGGUUUGUGUUUAUAUUUCCUGGAAACCUUUGAACUUGUGUAAAACACUGUUUUUGGAUUGAUGUUAUGAGCUCCCAGGUAUGCAGC